UUGUGUAGUAGGAGGUUUUUGAGUAGGAGGAGGUGGAGGAAAUUGUGUAGUAGAUGGUUUUUGAGCAGGAGGAGGUGGAAGUGGUAGUUGAGGAGUAGGUUUUUUAUUAGUUUGAGGUAUAGGUUUUUGGGGAGUAGGGGGUUUUUGAGCAGGAGGAGGUAGAGGUGGUAGUUGAGGAGUAGGUUUUUGAUUAGUUUGAGGUAUAGGUUUUUGUGGAGUAGAGGGUUUUUGAGGUUGAACUGUUGGUUUAGGGGGUGAAGCAGGAUUUUGAACAGGCGUAGGUGGUUGUAUAGUGGGUUUUUGAGCGGGAGCUGGUGGAGGUGGUAAUUGGGGAGUAGAAGGUUUUAGAACAGGAGCAGGUGGUGGUGGUUGUGAUUGAGUUUUUUGAAUAGGUUGAGGAAGAGGUUUUUGUGGAGUGGAAGGUUUUUGGGCAGGAGGAGGUUGAGGGGGUAGUUGAGGACUAGGAGGUUUAGUUUGAGUUAGUGGUUUCUGUGGAGUAGCAGGUUUUUGAGUACUAGGAGGUUUAGGGGGUGAAGAAGGUUUUUGAAUAGGUUGAGGUUGGGGAAUUGAUUGAGGUUGUUGUAGUCUAGGAGGCGAUGGUAAUAGAGUAGUUGAAGGGUUGUGAAUUUCUUGAGGCGUAGGUUUCUUAGCUGGAGGUGUAGGUGAAGAUGGCUUCGCAGGAUUUACCAAUCGCGGGGGAGAUGGUGGAUCUAUUCUUGGAGGAGAUGGAAGAGUCUCCUCCAAACUUCGUUUUGGGCGACCAGAUCGUGGUGGUGACAUUAAUGUUGGUCUAUUUAAAAACCCUACAUUAUCUAGAGGAGAUGCUUCGAGCACUUCGCUUUGAUGUUGCAAAGUGGAGAUUAAAAAAUUAA